AUGGGAGCUGGAGCAGUGGCGCCGAUUCCUCAGAGACCCUGACGAAGAAACAGCCCCCGUAGCGAGCUCCGCAGUUACUGCCGGCUCCUUAAACUAAUCGCAGCAAGCCGCAGAUUCUCUGGGAGGACGAUCGAUCGUCGUUAUUGGUAGUAGCAGAGGAGGAAGAUGACCCAUCCAGCACCCCAGACCAAGCUUAGCGAGAGAGAGAGAGAGAGAGAGAGAGAAGUUGGGGGGGGGGGGGGAACCAAGGCGACGGCAGAGGAGACUGUUGACUGCCUUGAACGAGGAGAGGAAAUUAAACAUGCACAGAGAGGAAGGCGACCGGCGGCCGGCGGCCGCGGAGGUCCGUCGGCACCGCAUUGAAUGAUUAGGUGUGGACAGACCCUUAAAAGUUCACCCUCACCUAGAGAGAGAAAGAGAGAGGAGAGAGAGAGAGAGAGGUUCAUUAAAUAGAGAGGGAAAAAGAAGGUGGCUUUACCGAUUGAACUCCCAGGGCAGAGCCUAGGAGCGACAGCUUUAACGAAAAUACAUAAAUAUAUUCCUUUUUAAAAUCGAAAUAUGAAAAUGCGAAGAUACGCCUCGGUACCAGUGCCGGAGUUCCGAUCACGGGCCCACCACAUUUCUGCUGCGCCACUCUGAUCAUUGAUAAAUUAAAAUAAAAAAGAGAGAUUUUUCUCUCUUUUACAGAAAAAAAACCGGCGGGGGCGCUUCCAAGCACAACCUCCCUCGGCCCACCAAAUUCAAUGCAAACCCACCCCCACCCGGCCCACUUAAAACGGGCCCACCAAACCCCUCCCUCCUCUCCUCAACUCCCACAGCAGGUACGCCUUCAUACCCCUCGGAGUCCUCACCCUCCUCUCCCCAUCCUACAUAUUAAUUAGCUACGUAUAUAGCGGCAAUAAACUACUAUUGCACCACCAACAGCGGCGACGGCGGUGGCGGUCAGCGGAACUGGGCGCCGGAAUAUGUUUGACCAAAAGACCAGCCGGCGGGGGCGGCGUUGUAGGAGACGAGCGUGCGACCAUCGCUGGUGGUGACUUUGAAGGAGAGGGACUGGCCAUUGAGGAAGCUGUUGCUCUGCCAGUUCUGCCCCCAGUUCCUGGUCAUCGCCUGCCAGCCGCCCCUCGAGCCUUUAAUGGAGACGGCGUGGACGUCGCCGGCGCCGCCGACGUUGGUGAUGAGAACCAGGUUGAAGUAGGAGUGGCCGUUGAUGGUGAACCUGAUCCCUCCCCUUUUCCGGCAAGCGACUCUGCAACAAUAGCACAAGAGGUAAGGUCGCUAGAGAAGACGGCGGCGGAGGAAAGGAUCCGAGGGGGGGGGGAAGGCUACCGCCGGUAGGAGAUGGGAACGAUGCCGGCGCGGUACUGGGCAAUGUGCUGGAAGACGGGCUGGGAGAGGUCGAAGUGUUCUUGAGGGGGGUUGCACCAGCCGCCGGCGUUGUUGGGGAGGGCGGAGUUGGGGGGACAGAAGUUGGUGGCGGUGACGACAAUGGAGCCCGGAAGGCACCACCGCCGGUCGUUGACGCAGCGGAUCUCAUAGCAGGCACCGCAGCUCAGCCCGUUGUUGAACAGCGCCGUGCUCAGCGCCGCCGUCUCCGUCCCGUACCCCUGGCUGUACAGAUUUCCAUACCCGCAAGCUCCCCCUGCAAUGGACAAAAUGAGAGAUCCAGAGGGGCGCAGAGAAGAAGAUGA